UGCAAGCUUGCCUCGCCCUCCCCUCCACACUCUCUUCCGAAACCAGCUGCACCAUCCACAAAUGGCCGACGAAUCGCGGACUAUGGACGAGGUCGACCCUCACGCCGCCACCGUUACCGUCCGGCUCAUCAAGUCCUUUGACUUUCGCACCUUCAAGAACGUCGUCCUCCAUGACGUCGACCUGACGACCACGACCACGGAGCUGCUCCGCCAGAUUGUCGAAGAAAAGAUCAAGAUGCUUCCGGGCAUGCGUCCCUACCACAAUCACAACUUUGACACCCUCAAGCUCUAUACCAAAGCCCAUGGAUCCAAGACCCAGAAUCUGAUCAUCAACCUGGAUCACGAAGAUUGGUUCCUCGAUCCUUCCAAAACGUUGCUGGAGCAAUCCGUUGCCAACGAAACCGAGAUCAGCUACUUCAACCGGGUGCUCUAUGAGGAAUACAAAAAGAAUCCGGAGGUGAAAUGGUGAUUGUGGCUAUACCGACUUCCCCCCCCCCACAUGCACACCCUUGAAGAUGGCUGUGUCGAACUCUCGACUGGAUCAUGUAUGAUUGGGGUCAGGAACAAAUACAGGAAAGGGAGGAAGGUUGAACAGGAACAUUGUCGACGGUAUCAAACCGAUAGCGGAUAUACUCGUGUGGGUGGCA